AUGCUGCACUUAAGGAAUCUCCAAGAUGCAGUGGGAGCAUAUUAUGACCAUGGACAUGCAAAUAACGUUGGUGAAAUCGGAUUUGAUUUACCUCGUCUAAAUAUGCAACUUGUAAAGGAUGUUACUGUGGGCGAGAUGAUUUCGCUUUCACUGAAAUGUAGAGAAGGUCUUAUAGUGAUUAUUUCCUUUCCUCUCAAGAAAUAUAUGAUUAGAGGAACGCCACUGUCUUCUGAUAAGCGGGUGCCAGUUGCGAGCCUCGGUCCUGGAGGUGAAGCCGAGUUAACUGUUUGGAUGUUAAGUCCGUCGUUGCCUGGAAUUUAUCAAAGUCGAUGGCAGCUUAAUACACCUCAGAGUGUUCCAUUUGGAGAAGCUAUCUGGUGCAUAAUUUCUGUCGAUGCCACUGGAAUUUUGGACAUAACGCAGCAGUUGGCGAAUGCACCUCUUGGCCGACUUAGUUUACCGACAGGUCUGAAUCCAUUCAUGGCAUCGUCUCCUGUUGCAGCGAGCAUCGAUUCCUUAAGUUCGGUAACGAUACCCCAUGAAGAUAGCGCCGACAGUCCCCCAUGUGCUCCAUCUACUCCACCUCACUAUGAACGCGAGUAA